AUGGCUCCUAAGACCGAGGUUAAUCACAACUAUAAUGUCAUGGAGUUUCACCCUAGUGGGAUUUCUGAUCCGGAACCUUCGAGAGUCGUCAAGGGUGACGACAUGAGCCUCCAAAGCGACAGUAGUCCUACAGCGGAGUCAUCGGGCAACUCCUCCCAAUUGGGUCCAGUGGAAAUCAUCAGGGCUGAAUUCACUAAGGGAAAUCGGCCUGUGAUAGGAUCACCGAUAUGGCCUUAUGUGUUAGUGCGAGAGGUCCCUUCCGAAGCUGUUGAGGGUCUUAAUAAUAAUCGGCGGACUUCCAUAGAAGCAGCUAAUGAGCAACUUCGACAAGCCGUCACGGGAUCAGCCUUUGCCGGUGUGGCGAAGACUUGGGAUGCCGGGGAAAACGACCAACGAGUACCGGGGCCCAUCGAUACAUAA